AUGAAAGCGACCAAAAAAACUUGGAAACCAGAUGCAUUGUGUGAUAGAUCAAAAUUUGAAAAUUGGAAAACGUACUUGGUGCAAUACUGCGAAUCCACCACGAUCCAUGGCAUCAAGUACGUUGGAGAGCGGGGACGUUUCAUCGUCGAAAGGUUGCUAUGGAUUGCGGUACUAAUCGUAGUUUGUGCGUGUUGCGUUACUUUAAUUCACAAAAUGUACUCCAAGUGGACAACCUCACCGACUGUUGUAACGUUUGCGAAAAGCGAGACGCCUAUACACCAAAUACCAUUUCCGGCUGUAACGAUCUGCCCUGAAGCGAAAUUUAAUCCAGAAGUGUUUAACAUUACCGAAAUGGUGCUGAGAAAUCGGCAAGGUGGAAACUUUUCAACUCACGAGCUGGAGCAGUUGGAGCUGGCCUACUUGAUAUGUGACAGAUAUUUUGAUACCUCAAACUGGAGUAACACCCUUCCCUACAAUGGAGAAAAUACUUUGUUUCGGAUACAGCCAUAUUUUGCGCCUCUUCGCUAUGCUCGAGUUACAUGGCUAGGGAGUGGUUUGAGUAGUUAUGAAGCCUUCGUGGCCACUUACACGUCUGAAGGGGUUUGUUAUACAUUUAACAUGCUGCCGUAUGAGGAAAUAAUGGACCAUGAGGUCCAAUUUAAUACUUCACAUCACUCAAGUAAAAGUCGACAGUGGUCACUCGAAGGUGGUUAUCCGCCGGGGGACAACUUUGAUGCCUAUCCCAGACGGACCUUUAUGAGCGGCGUUGAAGGCGGCCUAAUCGUCGACUCGACUGCCCAUCGUGAUCCUUUGUUUCAUCGCUGA